UCCCCUAUCCCGCCGCGGGCUCUGCGCGGCUCCUCCCUGCCGAGGGGCACUGCUGGCCGCCGCCCCUUCCCGCCCGUGGGUCGGAGCUCCGGGAAGAGGUGGGUCCCAGGCGCUGCACGCAGUGACCCGCCCGGGCUCGGAGCCGGCGCACCGUGAGCAGAGCCCACCCGGUCAGCACCAGCGCCCCGACCUCGGCCAUGCCGCGCCCCGGCGCCGCGCUGCUCCUCUGCCUGCUGCUGCCGAGCCUGCCCGAGCCCUCAGCUGCAGAAUCUCCGCUCCAGUUACCAACACCACAGAAUGUGACAAUUUACUCAUAUAAUUAUCAGAAUUUAUUGACAUGGGCUCCUGUUAAAGUGGACAAUGGCUCAGUGUUAUAUACGGUUCAGUAUAAUACCCCAGUAUCCUGUCUUCCGACAGUAGCCAAUGCCAGGUGCCGCAGAGGGCAUGAACAGAACAGACUGGCCUGUAACUGUUGGGAAGAAAUUAACUGCACAAACAUUACGAAGACUGAAUGCAGUUUCACAGAUCCAGAUAUCAAAAGCUUUUGGACAAUUACUUUACGUGUUAGGGCUGAGCUAGGGCAAGUGAAAUCUGACUGGGUGGAAACAAAUAAAUUUGUAGCAGACCAAAACACUACUAUAGGGCCUCCUGUUAUAGUAAAUGUGGAUUCAACAUCUGAUUCACUUUUCCUUAACUUCUUGCACACUGUAAAAGAAGAUACUUUACAAUAUCUUGUGCGCUACUGGGAGAAUUCAACAAAUAAACAACAUGAAACAAAAUGGACCAAGAAUACCCGAAUUGGACUUCUGAAUCUAAAGCAACUGACGGUGUAUUGUUUUCAAAUACGAGCAAAAGUCCGAGUAUUCGAUGACAACAUUGGACCAUUAAGCGAAACAAAUUGUCACAAAACUGCAGCUAGUGGUGCAAUGAGAGCUGGAUUUGUAGUAGUAAUAUUUGUUGCUGCCACAGUUACUGUGGUGAUCUUAGCAAUUGUCUGCUUCCUUUUUAUUCAGAAAUUUCAUCAAGUUGUUAAAUAUUGGUUUCAGCCUCCUUUUAAAAUUCCACCACAUAUUGAAGAGUAUUUAAAGGAUCCUGAAAUGCCUGCUUUAGAAGAAUUGCAGAAUGAUUGUGCUGAGGAAGAUCCUUGGGACUCCUUGUCAGUUGUUUCCAAUGCAGAAGGAAGUCAAGCCCUAGUGAGGGACACUCUGAACACAAAUGUUCAUUCAAACAGCAGAUCCACUGAAAGUGAAAAAACGUAAUUACAUUAUGGUAGAAGCACUGUGCCAGCAUCAUUGCCUUGGUGCUCUAGAAAGAUGAUAGUGUCACUAUCAACAAACCACGUUGUGGGAGUCUUGACUUCCUGAGAACAUUGUGUAACCUUGAGUGAGGCUUUUUUUAAUGGUUUCUACUGCACUUCACUAUAUGAAGUACCUUCUCCAAGAGAGACUUUUUAAAAACAGAUUUGAAUAUGAACUGGAAAUGAACACUAAAAGGGCAGGAAAAGGACAACAUCAUGAUUGGAGUAAAAUGGCUGAAUUUGCAUUAACAUUUUUGCAGAAAUAACUGCACGAUUACUAUGAACAUUGUUACGUUUGUCUGGGUUCUAACAAAUCUUAGUGGAGUGUAGCACUUUAUGGUAGGAUAUGAUACUAGAAAAGAUUUUUCAGUGAAUUAGCGGAUUAUCUCACCAUGAAUGUGUGUUGGUCUUGGCCCAUCAAUACGUGUAUAUAAAGUCUGUCUCCUAACACACACACAGUAAGUUAGCACUUAGAAAAUGACACUUCAGCUUUUACAUAUGUGAAAAAUUGCUCUGUGUGCAGGGUGCUCUAUGUCUGAUGGAAAUAGCUUGUUUUCAGGUGUCCAUUUUAAGUGUGCCCCCCCCCAUUUUUUUUGUUUAAAAAAAAAAAAAAAGUUCCAGUAAAAAAAAUGAAAGAUUUAUAUGAUCUGAAGAGAAACCAGCACAUAAUUCGCUCCCAGUUAGGGAACCGUCAUGGAAGGAAUGCUUACAGGGACAGACAGGUUGGAUCAUUUCUCCCCUGAGCCUUCAGAUGCUUGCACAACAAUGGCAUUAAUUUCUUCUAGGACUGCAGUGUGGAGACUCGCUCUCUGUCGGCAUCACAUCCUUUACGAUGAAAUGAAAUCCUAAAGCUUGUAUCAGACACUAAAAUAUAAUAGGUUUGGCUACCUAAAGAACCCUUCCUAAAGUCAUUCAACUGAACUUGUCAGGUUUUGAUGCACAAGAAACAAACUUUCCUGUGUAGUCAGAGAACACAUGGGCAAGAUGUGUCAAAGAUAGUGUUUACCCACAACUAGUAGACACUAAGAACAAAGCCAUGGUUCCCUUACCUGCUCAAGCAAGUUGUGACUGCUAGUGGAGACGAGACCCAGGAUGUGGAGUGUGGCUGUUUGAGGAAUGAAGCAUCCGGAAAUUCUUUACACCACUUUAUUAUAUACGUGAAAAUCUUGCUGUUAAAAACCCUAUAAUGUGUAUUGAAAUAUUAUUUGUACUGCUAAUUAAUAGAAAAUUUCAAUAUGGAAAAAGUAGCUUUAUGUGUUCGUUGUUUCCAUAUUAUUUUUCUCUUUCCAUGUGGUCAUUUGCUCUUCAUUUACAAUCUAAUCAGUGCCUAAAUUAGGAGGAAAGGACUUCUUUCAUACGACAGAUAUGAAGAGCAGAGCUUCAUGUGCAGAGAUAUGGUGAAUUAGCAUUAUAGACUGCCCUUUCAGUGCUACUCUUCCUCCUUCAUUUUCCAGAUUGACCCUUUACUCAUAUGAAAAUAAGCUUCAGUUAUGGUUCUUGACAAAGUUUAAAAAUAAGCACAGUGGCAUUCUGCUCCUGUCUGGGAUGGGGAGAAGUGCUUUUGUGGCUCCAAACUAAAAUCCAUGCACUUUAAACUGUAUAUGAUCAGAUGUGACUCAUCACUUUCAAGUUCAAUGACUUUAUAAAACAUUUUCCAUACAUUCA